AUGCGCGCAACUUGGUUCCUCGCCUCUACUCUAGCGGCCCUGGUCGCCGCCGAAGCUGGCACCACAACAGUCAGCUAUCUCGGCACCGAGAAUGAAGGCGGCGCCGACAUUAGUCAAUACACCAGCACCGCUGCCCGAAUCAUUGGCAUUGACAAGCAUGCCACAACCUACGAGAUCGGCUGCCUGCCAGAUGCAAAGGAAUGCGCGUUUCACGUUCCGGCAACUCUCAUCCAGGGCCCGAACACUUUCAGCAUCUCUAUGCAAAUGACCUUGAGCGGCGAAGGUGUUACUGCCAAAGCAACUGCGGUCGAGGAAUGCUCUUUCACUCGCUUCUCUGAAUCCGUCUCUUGCACGUGGAGCCUUGGUUAUACCGCCUCCCAGGGCGCUGUUACUGACUCCACGCGCACCUCUGGCACUAUGACUAUUCCUUCUGAGUCGAUCACCUAUCAGCCUCUCAAAGUCACCGAUGGUGCCUAUGCUCUCACCGCUAAUGCCACCGCUUCGGCUACCCCGGAGACGAUCACUCCUACUGCUUCGGCUGGUGGUGCUGCUGGUGCCAUUAAGCCUUUGAUCACGGCUGCGCCGCUGGGUGCUGCUGUUGCUGCUUUGGUUGCUAUCCUCUAG